GGCGGUUAGUUGUACUGUACCUGCCACUCCAGCACCAACCAUUCCAGCGCCAAUAGAAGCUGCAGCAACAGGUAUAUUAUACAUCCGUAUGGAGCAUGGACUACGGAAGUAUGACUUAGCGGGAGGGCUGGGUAGUGAACAAAGUCACAUGAGUCCAGAUGGCCUCAUGCCUAGUCAGCCCCUUAUGCGCGGCCGAAAGGAAAACAAGGGUUCUUCGCUUCACCAACAGCUUGCUUUUGAGGCGUCUACACUACACUAACCCCAGUCUCUAAACACCCGCUAGAAACCUACCUAGGACGACAUUGAAAUCAACCGUAGGACACUCAGACAUACGCGAACGAACAAAAAGAUACCAGAUCGACAACUCACUCUUAUCACCAAGAUGACAACGUACAGCGAUAAAGGGCCGAAACCCGAAGUGGGAAAGUUCCUGGCCUUCGACCAUCUCUCGUUUUGGGUCGGAAAUGCCAAACAGGCGGCUCAUUGGUAUUGCAUUCGAUUUGGCUUCAAGCCAGUUGGUUAUAAGGGACUUGAGACAGGAACGAGGAAAGUUGUGUCACAUGUAGUGCAACUGAACGACACCAUAUUUGUUCUAAACUCGCCUUUGGAACCUGGAAAUGAAGAAAUGGGUCGGUACUUGAGUAAACAUGGAGACGGAGUGAAGGACAUUGCCUUUACCGUGGAAGACUGUGAAAAAAUUUACAAACGAGCUAUCGAAAACGGAGCCGUAUCUGUGAAAGAACCGUGGGAAGAAAGUGACGAGGAUGGGUCCGUUACUAUGGCAUCAGUGCAGACAUAUGGUGAUACCAUCCACACAUUUGUUGAGCGAAAGAACUACAAGGGGACGUUUCUGCCGCACUACAAACUGUCACAAUACGUUGAUCCGGUUCUUAGCUUGCUACCGGACACCGGAAUACGUUUUGUUGAUCACGUUGUCGGUAACCAACCCGAAGACGAGAUGACAUCGACGUCUGACUGGUACCUCAAGACAUUACAGUUUCAUCGGUUUUGGUCUGUUGAUGACAAACAGGUUCACUCUCGGUAUAGCUCAUUGAGAUCUAUUGUCGUUACAAAUUUUGAAGAGACGGUGAAGAUGCCAAUCAAUGAACCAGCCAAGGGAGAAAGGAAAAGCCAAAUACAGGAGUACAUCGACUACAAUGGUGGUGCUGGUGUUCAGCAUAUCGCUCUCAAUACAUCUGACAUCAUUGCCACAAUCACUGCAUUGAGAGCCAGAGGAGUGGAGUUUCUUAACAUUCCGAGCACGUAUUACGAAAAUCUUCGUGAGAGACUCAAAUCAGCAAAAGUGACAGUUACAGAAUCAGUGGACGUGCUGGAAAAGUUGCAAGUAUUAGUAGAUUAUGAUGAUCAAGGGUAUCUGCUGCAGAUAUUUUCUCGCCCAGUGCAGGAUAGACCAACGUUGUUCUUGGAGCUAAUUCAGCGGAAGAACCACACAGGUUUUGGAGUUGGCAAUUUCAAGUCUCUUUUUGAGGCCAUCGAGAAGGAGCAGUUUGACCGUGGAAACUGAUCUAAUAUGGAGGUCACACAUAUGCUGAGUAUUAUUCUAUAUCUAUUCGAGAGCUUGAGUGUUCGUUGUAGUGCACAGAAUCGUAACUUGAUAAACACUGACCUUUUUGAAAUACUUGCAAUCUCACUUUCAUAGGCAACUAUUGUACUGUUCAUGUUUGUUUGAAUAUAAGUAGUUGGGUCUAUGCUUUGUCA